AUACUAAAGGAGGCUUAAGUGAAUAGUUGAAUUUAUGGUCAAAGUGUGGGUUGGAAAGAGUGAGUGGUUGUGGGAGGAGUGAUAGUGUGCUAGAGCUGUAAUAGUUGAGCAAAACAAGGAGUGGAUUAUUUAGGAAGACGCUUAAUUCUGUUUUGCAUUCCUAUGGCAAAUCAAGCAAAGUCAUCCGUCCCUCACCUGCUGCUUCUAUCUCUCUUGCAGACCAAACAAAAAUAAUUAAAAUUAAGGAAUAGGGUUGGUUUAGUUUGGUGUGGUUUGGUUCGGUUUGGUUGUUUUCACUUUUUUCAUUUUUCCUCCCCAUCUCAUCCCAUCCCAAACAAAACCACUUCUAAUUUUUUCAGCUCUUAAAUGCAGUCUCCUGUUUCAAUGAGCUCCGACAUUUUUAUUUUUUUGUAACAGAUGCAGCUGCUUGAGUUUCAGUCAAUUUCACUUUUGAGCUUGAGUUUGCGGUUUGUUGCUCAUUUCAGUUUCACCAAAUUCCGGAUCUGAAAUUGAAAUCCCAUUUUGUUCCUUUGUAAAUGCAAAUGCGGCUGAAUUCUGGGGCUAUCUCCUUUCAACCCUGACUGACUUUCACUUCCACCCAACUCCUGCCUCUCCCCUCAUUUGGAUUUUUGGAGGCUGUUUUCCCAGCUUGUAGAUCUGUGCCAUCCGAGGAAUGUUCUAGUUUCUUACAUCAGCUCAAAGUAUGGCCAUCAUGGUUCUUUAGUGGAUGGUGAUUCAACAAUUUGAAUUCAGUUGGGACUACAGAUGUUGCAUUUUCAUAACCAUAAUCAUUGUCAUAUUCCCCUCUGCAGACAACAACCAAUGAAGUUCUGCAUGAGUUCAGUGUUUUAUUUCCUUGUCAUCAUAACUAUUUUUCUUCCUCUAAUAGUAGCUGAUCUAAACUCUGAUAAGCAAGCCCUUCUUGAGUUUCAUGCUGCUGUCCCCCAUCGUCGAAAUCUGAACUGGAACUCAACCAACCCAAUAUGCACAACCUGGGUUGGCAUCACUUGCGCACAAGAUAAUUCUAGUGUGCUUGCCCUCAGGCUCCCUGGGGUUGGAUUUAUAGGCCGAAUCCCAUCCAACACUCUUGGUAAAUUAGGUGCCCUCAAGAUUCUCAGCCUUAGAUCCAAUCGCUUCAUUGGUGAUCUUCCUUCAGAUAUCACCACUCUUCCAUCACUCCAAUACCUCUACCUUCAACAUAACAACUUCACUGGUGAUCUUCCUGCUUCAUUUUCCCUCCAGCUCAAUGUAUUGGAUCUUUCAUUCAAUUCUUUUACAGGCAACAUUUCAGAAACAAUACAAAACCUAACAUCUCUCACUCGAUUGAACCUUCAGAACAACAAUCUCUCUGGAGCAAUACCUAAUCUUAACCUCACUAGGCUCAAGCAGUUGAAUUUAAGCUAUAACCAGCUUAGUGGUCCGAUCCCAUCAUCCCUUCAAAGAUUUCCCAGUUCAUCCUUUAUAGGGAACUCACUCUUGUGUGGUCCACCUCUACAAGCCUGCUCUCCCUCUCCCUCUCCCUCUCCAUCACCAUCUCCUACAUUUUCUCCUCCCCCACCAGAGUUUCCUAAAAAACAAGGAUCCAAAAAGAAACUGAGUUUGGGAGUUAUCAUUGCCAUCGCAGUUGGAGGGUCUGUAGUGCUACUUCUUUUAGCUUUAAUCGUCUUAUGCUGCUGUCUGAAGAAAAAAGAUAAUGGUGGAAGUAGUGUAUUAAAGGGGAAGGCUUCUGGGGGUGGCAGGAGUGAGAAACCGAAAGAGGAGUUCGGGAGUGGGGUGCAAGAACCUGAGAAAAACAAGUUAGUUUUCUUUGAAGGAUGUUCUUAUAAUUUUGACCUUGAGGAUUUAUUAAGGGCUUCAGCUGAAGUUCUGGGAAAGGGUAGUUAUGGCACAGCAUACAAGGCUGUUCUGGAGGAAUCAACAACGGUGGUAGUGAAAAGGUUGAAGGAAGUGGUUGUGGGGAAGAAGGAUUUUGAGCAGCAGAUGGAGAUUAUAGGAAGGGUCGGGCAGCACCCAAAUGUUGUCCCACUCCGUGCUUAUUAUUACUCCAAGGAUGAGAAGCUCUUAGUUUAUGACUAUAUACCAGGCGGCAGCUUAUCUACACUUUUGCAUGGAGACAGAGGAGGUGGAAGAAGCCCAUUAGACUGGGAAUCCAGAGUAAAAAUCUCCCUCGGAAUAGCCAGAGGAAUUUCCCACGUCCAUUCUAUGGGCGGUCCAAAGUUCACUCAUGGAAACAUCAAGUCCUCAAAUGUUCUCAUCAAUCAAGAACAUGAUGGAUGUAUCUCUGAUUUGGGUUUGACCCCUCUUAUGAAUGUCCCUGCAACUCCAUCCCGGUCAGUGGGGUAUCGUGCUCCCGAGGUGAUUGAAACCCGUAAGCAUACGCAUAAAUCAGAUGUAUACAGCUUUGGUGUUUUGCUCCUAGAGAUGCUGACUGGGAAAGCACCACUACAAUCACCUAGAAGGGAUGACAUGGUUGAUCUUCCCAGGUGGGUACAAUCUGUGGUGAGGGAGGAAUGGACAGCUGAGGUGUUUGAUGUUGAGUUGAUGAGGUUCCAAAACAUUGAAGAGGAGAUGGUCCAGAUGUUACAAAUAGCGAUGGCAUGUGUAGCAAAGGUAGCAGACAUGCGACCAAACAUGGAUGAAGUUGUAAGAAUGAUUGAAGAAGUCCGGCAAUCCGACUCAGAGAACCGGCCAUCCUCUGAAGAGAACAAGUCAAAAGAUUCAAAUGUGCAGACCCCUUGAGCAUCAAACGCUGCUGCAUUGCAGUUUUAAGAAUGGGCAAAGCAAGGUUUUCCCAUCCAUGCAUGCAUACCUUCUCGACAUUAUCAGUGGUGUUGGUGUUGUGUAAUAUUUCAGAGAGAUGAAUGUAGUUUUAUGAUUUUUUUUUCUCGUUCAUUUAACUAGGGGUGGUUUUCCUUUUGUUUUUACAUUUAUCUGUAUUUAGAUCUUCCUGAUUUGUUGUAAUGUUAAAUUUGGGCAAUUGAUUUGGAUUUUAAUGAAAUGGAAUUAAGAACUGUGUUGUGCGCA